AUGUCUUGUCACAGAAAAAGCAAUAUGCACAAGCAAAAUGUCAUGCUGUUUUCUGUCCUGUUUCUUGCCGCAGGAUCCACCAGUUAUGGUGAUGGACAUGGAAUGACUCACUCACCACAUGGAUUUUCUUCAGGCCUCCAGGAUUACACUCAUAGACUGGCUCACCUCUCAGGCUCUGAAACAGAACAAGAUAAUUCAGGAGACAGUCCACUAUUAUCACCCAUUGUUAUAACAACUCCUAGUCCAGAGAGAUCUACUGCACUUUUUACAGCUGCCCUUACCCCUGAUCUGAAAUCUUCCACCACACCAGAAGAGCCCGAGUUAGGAUUUGAAACAGGAAAUAAUGCAACUACUGAGUCAAAAGAUGAAAACAAUAACAACACAGAAACGGAAGAUGUUAACCCAGCCUUAAUAUAUGGCGUCCCUGCAGUCUUACUCAUCGUAUUAAUUCUGCUGAUCAUUUCUUUUGUAAUAUGGCACAAAAAGAAAAAGUCUAAGCAAGAUGAACUGGGAAGUGAAAAUGUCAAAAGUCCUAUUUUUGAAGAAGAUACUCCCUCUGUUAUGGAAAUAGAAAUGGAAGAACUCGAUAAAUGGAUGAAUAGCAUGAACAAAAAUGCUGAAUCUGAAUGUUUGCCUACUGUAAAAGAAGAAGAAAAGGACUCAAAUGCCAAUCAAAGCUUAGAUUCUGGAGCCCAAGAUACACUCACUGAGACAUUGUGAAAAGCAUAUAUGCAGCAAUUGCGAAUCUUGAUGUCAAAAUGGUGCUGAACUGGUUAAUGAGAAGCUGCAAGCAAAGCUCCUAGUCCCACAGAUACUGAAUAAACUGGAAAUGAACUUAA